AUGUAUACUUAUGCUAUAAGGCAGCAAGCAUCCACAUUCACACCUGCAUUAGCAGAAAGAGAAAGCAGACAAUUUUGUCAUAAUCAACCAUCAACAGUCGAUAAACGCUGGGGACCAAAACCGCUCGAUGGACCAAUUUCUAUCGAUUUUAUAAGUCAAAUGCUGGAAGCUCGAAAAGUAUAUAGUUCACAAACAUCUAGUUUACUAAAAAGUUCAACAAGAAUGACUGAUGCACAUGAACGAUCAUUUAUCAUGGUUAAACCCGAUGGUGUUCAACGAGGUCUGGUGGGUGAAAUUAUUAAGCGUUUCGAACAACGAGGAUUUAAAUUAGUCGCAAUGAAAAUGGUUACACCACAACGAGCACUCCUUGAACAACACUAUGAGGAACACAAAGGUAAAAAAUUCUUCGAUCCAUUAUUGUCAUACAUCGGAAGUGGACCAGUGGUGGCAAUGGUUUGGGAAGGUCUAAAUGUUGUAUCUGUUGGUCGAAAAAUGCUCGGUGCAACAGAUCCAGCAAAAUCUGAACCGGGAACAAUUCGUGGUGAUUAUGCUAUUGUCACUGGCAGAAAUAUUGCACAUGGCAGCGAUUCUGAUAAAUCGGCUAAACGUGAAAUUGAUUUAUGGUUUCGAGCAGAUGAACUUGCCAAUUGGACCAAUUUUAGCAGCAAACGACGACGUGUUUCUUUACCAUUUCCAUCACCACCGGCACCUACAACGACAGCGCAACCUGCAACUGAACAACUAACCGAAGAUUUAAUAAAAGUUGGAGUCAAACCACCACCAGAUUCAACACAUGAAAUAUUGUUGGUAUGGCAUACCACGAACUGUACCAACAUCGUCCCACCGUCAACUAAAUUAGCGUCAGUGGCUCAACAACAACAGCAGCAACAACAAUUAAUGGAUGAUUUUCAUGAUGUACUCUUGCCACCGUCCCUUACGAGUGGAAGAACAACUGCAACGACAACUACUUCUACUAUGCUAAACGGUUCAAAUGGUUACAUGUUACAAUUAGAGCACGUGAAUUGGCCAAUUCAACGAAUUCAUCGAACAUCACCUCAAUAUUAUCAAAAAAUUAUACAACAGCAGGGUCAACAUCGUUAUCGACUUCAAAAAGAACAUCAGAUAUUGAUUCAAAAGGCAUAUAUGGAUCCCGAGGUUGAAUUUGUACCGCCACGUCGUCGUGCCUCUAUUAUUAAAGGUGAAGGCGUGAAUGUAGCUCAUCUUUUGCUACCUGUUGAUAGUAGUAGUGUCUCAUAUCGAGAUGAAGCUGAUACAACACCGGUUGUUUUACGUGGACCAUCCGAUCCACAUUUGUUGAAGGCUCACAGUGGGCAUUCAGGUGGAAAUUCAGAAAAAAACAGUGAGCUUGCUUUUUCGUAA